AUGAUUGUGGACUUCAGGAAGAGCACUGUCCCCCCGCCCCCACCCUCCGUGAUGGACUCCCCCAUCACCUCUGUGGAGUCCUUCCGUUUCCUGGGCACCACCAUCACCCAGGACCUCAAGUGGGAGCCGACCAUCAGCUCCCUCAUCAAGAAGGCCCAGCAGAGGAUGUACUUCCUGCGGCAGCUCAGGAAAGCCAAGCUGCCUGCACAGAUGUUGGUGCAGUUCUACACGGCCAUCAUCGAGUCCAUCCUCACCUCCUCCAUCACCGUGUGGUUCGCUGGAGCCACAGUCAGGGACAAACAGAGACUACAGCGCAUCGUGCGCUCUGCAGAGGAAGUGAUCGGCCGCAGCCUCCCAUCGCUGCAGGACCUGUCACAGAUGCCGAGCAUACGUGUAAUCAGGAAACGACAAAGAAAGUUCCGUAUUUGGAAUCCGGUGGCCAUGCAGGGGGCCAUUGAUGAAGUGCGGGCAGACAGGCUCUCUUAUAGGCAGGCAGCUGUCCAUUUUGGGGUCCCCAAGUCCACCCUGCGAGACCGAGUCAGUGGGAAAGUGGCCUCUGACAGCACCUAUGGUCAGAGGCCACUUCUCUCUGAGAAAGAUGAGAAUGCGCUGGUGGAGUACUGCCUAUACUCCGCCAGCUUUGGAUUCCCACUGACAAAGUCACAGGUGGUGACCCACGCUCUGGCAAUUUUCAACCGGCGCCACCCACAAACACCAAAGGUGGCGCUGAGCCAGACGUGGUGGGUCAACUUCAGGGAGAGACAAAAACAACGGCUCACCACCAGGACCCCAGAUAUUAUUGACCGUGGGAGAGCAUCCUGUGCGAAGAGGGGGCCUGUCGAGGACUAUUUCAAUCUACUGUCCUCGACAAUGGACAGGUACGGGCUGAGAGGGAAACCCCACUGCAUCUACAACUGCGACGAGACGGGGUUUCAGCUGGACAGCCAGAGGAGGAAAGUCGUCGUGCCCCGGGGUACCAAGCACACUUACAGACAGGCUCCAGGCACCAGGGAGCAUAUCACCGUCCUGGCUUGUUUAAAUGCGGCUGGGGAGGAUAUCCCCCCAUUCAUUAUCUACAAGGGGGGAUAUCCGGGGGGCCCUUAUAAUAAAGAAGGGGUCCCCAAUGCUCUUUAUGGGAAGUCACCGGCUGGAUAUAUGGACAAUGAUCUGUUUGUGAAGUGGUUUAACCAGCACUUCCUAAAACAUGCCACCCAGGAGCGCCCGCUGCUGCUGGUUAUGGACGGUCAUGCAUCACACCUCGGGCCAGAGCUGAUCCAGGCGGCACAGGGGGCAGGGGUCAUCCUUUUGUGCCUCCCGCCGCACACGUCACACAUCCUUCAGCCCUUGGAUGCUCACAUCCAAUUUUUUUGGACCCUUGAAGGCAGAUUUUGCAGGCACAACUGGGGAUCUGUCGGCUGUGAGCCACUCCUUUACACUUUCCAAAAAGGAGUUUUCAAGGGUCCUCAAAAACUCAUAUCUGAAGAUGAGGGAUAG